CUUUUCAUCAAUAUUUUAUCAAAAUGAUCGAAAUGUCAUCAAUCAAAUGACAGACUAACCCUAUUUCUUGAUAUAUUCAAUCACUUUUGAUCGACAAGGUCAUUCACUUUAUCUUUACCUGUCCUUUCACGUAUCCUGACACCCUGGCGGCACUAAGACUUUACGAAGCUGAUGAACAGUUGUUCACCUCUAGACCUGCGGCAAGUGCUAUGUUAAGGAUGAAUUCUACAGAAGAAGAAGCAGUUACCCAAGCUGAUGCUCUGCAGCGGUUCCGUGACGAAGUCAAGUCCAUUGCACCUGAUGAAAAGUUAGAAGAUGAAAAGUUUAUGUUGUCAUGGCUUGAAGCAAGGGGUUAUGAUAUCCCAGCUGCAGUGGCCAUGUUGAAGAAAAGCAUGGAGUGGAGGAAGCAAAUAGGGGCAGAUACAAUCCUGGAAGACUUCAAACCCCCUGAGGUCCUUGAGAAAUACUACACGGGAGGCGUGUGUGGUUUUGACAAGGAAGGGCGGCCUGUUCUUGUGGACCCAUGGGGAGACCUUGACUCAAGAGGUUUGUUGAAGUCUUGUAAGAAGUCUGAUAUCAUGAAGUAUGAAUGCCAGACUAUGGAACAACUCACUAAAGUAUUUGCGGAACAAUCGAAGAAGAUGGGCAAGCCGAUUCAUCAGUUUGUCCUUAUCUAUGACCUCGAACACUUAGGUAUGAAGAAUCUUUGGAAACCUGGCAUCGAUCUCAGCAAUGAAAUUACUGCGCAGUUAGAGAAUAACUACCCUGGGAGACUCAAGGUGACAUAUGUUGUUAAUGCUCCCAAACUCUUCCCACUUCUCUUCAACAUGAUUAAAACUUUCAUGUCUGAUGCAACGAUCAGCUCAGUCCAGGUACUCGGAACCGAUUGGAAGGACACUCUUCUCAACGUGAUCGAUGCGGACCAACUUCCUGUCAAAUAUGGAGGCACCAUGAAAGAUCCAGAUGGCGAUGAAUCCUGCAAAAGCAUGAUUCUGUAUGGUGGGAUCAUUCCUCAAUCCUUAUACAUUGGUCUCGCCCAUGAACAGUCAAACAGAUCACUCCUGGAAACAAGCGUCAAGAGCCACUCCAGUCUUAAUCUACCCUUCGAAGUAAAAGAACCAAACAGCACGAUGAGUUGGGAGUUCAGAACUGAAAAAAAUGACAUCGAAUUCGGAAUCUUCCAUAAGAAGUCUGACAGUGAAGAUGAAAAGGACAUGCAGAGUAUCAUUCCCAAGCAGAGAGUCAACAGUCAUAUGGUCCCAGAGACGGGGGCUGUUACUUGUCAGGAGGCAGGCACAUACAUUGUCAAAUUUGAUAAUUCCUACAGUCGCAUGAGAAGUAAGAAGUUGUUCUACUCAGUCGAUAUUACGGGACCAGCACAAGAAGCUUAAGGAUGGAUAAAGGAAAUAACAAAAAAUGGAAAUUUUAUCAUGUAGUUUUAGAACAGAAAAUUUUAUCUCCUAGUUUUAGAAGAAUAUUCAUUUACAUGCUGUAGCUGUCAAGGGACUAUUUUUGGUGAGUUUUGUGUAUUGCAAGCAACAGAAACCAAGCCAAAGAAGUGACCAUCAUCAGAGCCAUCUAAUAUUUAACUUUCCUGUUCCUAUCGUGAGUAAAAGGCGGGUAUUACUGUGGAAUCCAUAAUAAUUUUGGUUGAAUCAACCAUUCUGAAAAAAGUCCCAGAAUGUUACCUUUUCUACUGUAUUUAUGCAAUCAGUCAAGUGACCUCAACUUUAAGUAUUGAGUUAUUUCUGGAUUUUAACAUGUACAGAUCUGGAGAUACUUUUGAUUCAAUCUUAGUGACAAGGAACAAGAAUAUUUAACAUGUACUUAAGACUGUUUAUGUCAAUGCUCAAAGUUUUAUUCAAAAACGCCCUUUUACCAAAGCACAAACCGUAGUGAACUCAACUGUAUCUGAUUUUCUCCCAUAUGCAUUGCGGAAGUCCGUUAAAACUGGAAGAAUAUAAGGAGUAUUAACGAGAGUAUUAGUUUUGUCUCAAUCACUGUAAUUUAUGCAACCAUUAGGCUGAGUAUAGAAUGUAUGACAUGAUUCACGUGUCAUGAGUCGCUAGUGAGCUGAAGAAUGAACAAAGUCAAUUCCAUAGUACAGGCUACUCAGGUGUACCUGUGUCAGGGUCUGUUGUAGAAAGAGGUUGAGAACUCCGAGGGUUAAAUUGGCAAUACCCAGCAACUUGUUGGGACACUAAUUACAUUAUGCACCUGGUUUCAGUCAUCGUUCAUGAGCUGUUUCAAAAAUUUGCCCAAAGGGUUAAAUUCUUGCCAUGGUCACAAUUAUUUACAUUUCAAUGGUCUUGACAAAUGCAGUUUUCUGUUGAUAGUUUAGAGUUUGUGAAUGUUUAUUUGGUUUGUUUGAUGAUUAUGUGAUGUUUACUAGAUAUUGAUGCAAAUGUACAUAAUAGUAUUUAUUCUAUAUUAUACAGUGACUUACUAGUUGAUGCAAUAGUAUAAUGAUAUAUGCAAGUGUAUGUUACAGUAGUGCUCAAAUGUGGAGAAUUGUCAGUAUGUGUUAAGAUGUUAUGAUAAGUGUUUUAAAUCAAUACUCAAAGCUAGCAGAAGAUUAUCAUGUUGUCACAAAUAACGUUUCAUGUGCCACUGGUAAGAUAUCACAUUGUUCACAGCCUUAGUAAAUUCAGUAUUUUAAUUUUGAUUGCUUGAAAGAACAAUGUGGGAAUCGUGAGAACAUGUGGAAAUCGUGAACAUACAUUUUGACUGUCUACAUGCAAAUGUGUGGCUGCCUUUUGUUCUCCUGGAUAUUGUAGAGUACAGGGUACAUGUAUGAUAGAGUACUUAUGUUUUGACUGUUAAUUGAAAACCUGUGGGGAAUAUUUGCUCCGUCGUUGUUGAUGCGGAUGACGUUGCACACUUCAGUCAUCUGUACCAUUACUUGAAUUUGUUUGUUGAAAAAUGGUGGUGUAAUCAAUAAUUGUUAGUAUUGACAAUGUUGUGCAUGUUCAAUUUACUUGAAAUUUUUCAUUCCUUUCGUUAAAAUUACGUUUAAAUUAAAAUGUAUGGGUGAUUAUUAUUUAUUCCAUAGGUUAUGCAUAUCAAAUUUAUUCUUAAUCGUUUCAGCAAUUUUAUGAUUUAUGACCAGUUGAUUGAGCACAUGUGGUUCCUUAAUUUUCGUCAUAAUUUAAACUAUUUAUUACCAUUUUCUUUGUGCUAUCUUUCAUGAGUUGUUGAUUUUUCUUUAUUUAGAAGAGUGUCAUCUUUAAUUCUUACAUACCAAGGCAAGGAUCUACAAGAUAAGCUGUGAUGUUAUGUUCCCAGUCAAUAAAAUGCAAUUAUUUUGGCGUAGGGUUUUCUUUAGCGCCAUAUUCUAUCACUGGGUUCAUAUGAGAGGUUGGUGUCCAAUAAAAUGACAACAUUAGCAAAUGGUUUGUUAUGCGUGUCCUGUUUAGAGGGCGUUAUUGAGAUGUGGGUCAGGAAAUGUUCCCAAACAUUCCACAAGCUGCCUGUGCACACUUUUAGAUGCAUAUGUGUAGUGGACUCUACAGAGUUACUAACUAUGUACCAGCAGUCUGUAUAAUAGCAGUAAAGGUGCAGGGUAUGUUAAAACAACUUUUACAGCUUUCAAAAAAUGUCAACUUGUGAGACCCACACGUUCCCAUUUUGACAUUUGGGACAAUUGCGGAAUGUUUGUUAAUCUGUUUCUGGUUCCGUGAUAAAAAGUUUUAAAAAAUCUGUUCAUUUUGUUUAGUUUAUUUCAACAUUUGGGAAAUAUUGUAAAGUUGGAAUCCUAUCUAAAUCAUAUUAGUACUCACAGCCUUCUUUAAUAAGUAAUAAAUGUUAAACUCUAGUGUGAUAAUGUUUAGCAAAAAACGUGGUAUUGUACUUAAUAUGGUUACACGCAGUACAAUUCCGGUCAGAAUGGACGUACCCUUCUUGGUGUAUGCUGUACAUGGCCAUGAUAGUGUAUAGCUGGUGCCCAGUGCACAUGCAGAAUUCGCAUUAUCAUGACGCAGUGAGUUGUGUAGGAAUCUGGCAUAUUUUCCGAUGUGAAGUGAUUUCAUGUAACUAAACAUGAUAUUUUUGAGCACUGAACAUGUUCAUAUUGCUGAUAGCAUGCUAGCAAUCUACAGGCAAGGUGCUGGUACAUACACAUGUAGGCUUUGUGAAAAAUUGCUCUUGUAGAGUUUAAGUAACAUUUACGAUGCCCGCGUGCACAUUGAUAGGUAUGUUGAUUGUGACCAGUACUGUACAUGUAUAUGGUAAGUGUUAUAUUGUGUAUAAGAUGAUGUAGAUGGUCAGAAUAUUUUUGCAAUUGAAAUUGUAGAUGUUUUAGAAUGAAUAUUAAUCGGGUAGCCCCAAACUUCCUUUUGAGUGUAUAAAAUAUCUAAAUCCAAACACUGCAAACUGGCAAACUUUUACUGCAGUUGUAUAUUUGUGGAAUUUGCACAUAACAUCAAUUCACAAAAAAGUAAGAAUUAAAAUAAUUUUUUUAAACAAAAAGACAUUCAAUAAAAAGUAACGGAUUCUUUUUCUUUCUCAGAAAUUUUUGUGAAUUGCAAAAUCAAAUAGGCCCAAAAAUGGGCAGUUUACAUGACCUUAAUUCAAAUAAUGCCAGUGCAUAAAUGUAAUGAUUUAAUGGUCAGUUUGAGGCUGGUGGUUGAUAUGUCAUUAUUUAGUAUAAAUGGGCAUGUAGAUUGACCAGUAGUAAAACACCCCAUCAGAACCUGAUACUGUUUCACAGUUGUGCUGAUAACUUGCCCCUGUAAUACCUAAAUAAGUAAAAAUAAAUAAAAAUCGUAAUGGAGAAAGUACCUAAAUGCAAUCACAUCAGGCUUUUUUUAAUGUAAAGACUUUUCAAUUGAUGCGUUUUGAAUUCGUGCAAAUUGAUGAGCUCAAACAUACCAGGAUGUGCACCAGUGAGUAGGCCUACCUUGUAUCACUCGUUUAGGGUUUAUCUGAAGUCUAUUUGUAUAUGUUUUGUCAAUAUUGGGAACAUUUUAAGUGCAUGUGAUAGCAGUACUGGUAAUUCUGAUGGUGAUGUUCAGUAGAACUUGAUGUUAGAUGAAAUAAAACUUCAAUCAAUCAA